CAUCAAAAGCCUCGAAAGAAAGAAAGAAAACAAAAGUAAAUCCUCUAACUAUAACCUAUGAGCUCCGUCUCACAGCUAUUCAAGAACAACCCCGUGAACCGUGACCGGAUCAUCCCACUAGACUUCACCAACACCAAAACCCUACCCGACUCUCACGUCUGGUCCAAACCCGAACCCGAAACCACGAUCGGACACAUUCCCGUCAUCAGCUUGUCUAACCCGGAACAUGGGCUACUCCGACAAGCCUGUGAGGAAUGGGGUGUGUUUCAUAUCACAGACCAUGGGGUCUCACACUCGUUACUUCAUAAGGUUGAGUGCCAAAUGAAGAGGCUUUUCUCUUUACCCAUGCAUCGUAAGAUCCUAGCCGUCCGAUCUCCCGACGAGUCCACUGGUUACGGUGUGGUUCGGAUCUCCAUGUUCUAUGAUAAGCUCAUGUGGUCUGAAGGAUUCUCCGUCAUGGGUUCCUCUCUUCGACGUCACGCUACACUCUUAUGGCCCAAUGAUCAUGCCGAGUUCUGCAAUGUGAUGGAAGAGUAUCAGAAGGCAAUGGAUGAUUUGAGUCAUAGACUAAUAAGCAUGUUGAUGGGCUCGUUAGGGCUAACACAUGAAAAUUUGGGAUGGCUUGUACCGGACAAAACUGGUUCAGGAACCGACUCGAUCCAAUCUUUUCUGCAGUUGAACUCCUACCCGGUUUGCCCUGACCCUCAUCUAGCCAUGGGCUUAGCCCCUCACACCGACUCCUCCCUACUCACCAUUCUCUACCAAGGCAAUAUUCCAGGUCUAGAGAUUGAAAGUCCACAAGAAGAAGGGUCGAGAUGGAUUGGAGUAGAGCCAAUAGAAGGUAGUCUCGUUGUUAUAAUGGGAGAUUUAUCUCAUAUCAUAUCCAAUGGACAGUUCAGAAGUACGAUGCACCGUGCGGUGGUGAACAAGACGCACCACCGCGUCUCAGCCGCUUAUUUCGCCGGCCCACCCAAGAACCUUCAGAUUGGACCAUUGACCAGCGACAAGAACCAUCCUCCUAUAUACCGUCCCUCACGAAUCCCUUACUUCGAUCACUGCAACCACAUAGUUCCAGAGUCUUCGAUCGACCCAUCUCCCUCCGCCGUAUUCAGCCGUGCGUCGCUUGCUUUCGAUGUCAGCUUCUUCUCCGGCGGCGACUCUUUUUUCAGUCGGUAUCAAUCACAGAAUGGUGAUGUUAAAUCAGCUAGAUUCAGACCCAUGUCAAUCCGCAAAACGCUGGGUGAUGGGAAGAUUUACAAGGUUGAAGCGAAAUUGACUUUACAAAUCUCAAAAACCUCAGCUUCUUCUUCUUAUUACGGCGGCGAUUUUGGCCAGAAAAAGCUUCAGGUAACGCAGAUCGACGGACGUAGCUCUUGGGGAGGAGCAAGUUUCGAUUUUUCUGGGUUUUGGUCGGAAUCUACAGGACAAGUUUGUAUGGUUGGAUCAACUCAAGUUUUAUCUGUGGAAGUGUUAGAGAGCGUGAAUAGCCAAAGUGAUUUUAAAACGAUUUCGAUUCUUGGUGCAAGAAACACUCCUUUGAACUAUGAGUACAAGUUGUUAGAGCAAUCGAAAUCGGAUUGCGGGGUAAACAGUGGAGAGAGUUUGUCGUUAGAGAAUGUUUUGGGAGGAAUGUGUAAGGUUUUUGAAGGUAAUAGUCAUGUGUUUGGUUUGAUGUAUAGAACUGAUUGUGGGAUUAACCAUAGUUGUAGUCCUUUUGUAAGUGAUGUAGAGUACACACCGGGUUUUAUGACUCUGUUAUCGUUUCUGUGUGACGGAGAGAGGAUGCGAAUGCUUUUGUCAUUUAGUAACAUAAGCAGUUAUAGCAGGUUGUUUCCAUUUGAUCCGAGAACCAGUUUGGUUGCUGAGGGAACUUGGGAUGUAGAGAGGAAUAGGUUCUGUGGUGUUGCGUGUAGGAUCUUGAAUUUCUCGGAUUCUUUGAGUAAUGCUGUGGUUGAUGAUUGUUCCCUGAGGUUAAGUUUGAGAUUUCCUGCUAUCUUGUCGAUUAAAAGCAUGGCUCCGGUAGUUGGGGAGAUUUGGAGUGCUAAAACAGAGAGUGAUCCAAGCUAUUUCAGAAGAAUCGAGUUCUCAAGCCUAAACGAUGUACUCUGGCGUUUCCCGAGUCUGAGAUAUGAGUAUACAGAAAGCGAGAGAGUGGGUAAGUUAUGCGGGGCUGGCAAGCGUCGCCCCAAAAGCAAGGGAAAUCAUUACCCUGAUGCUCAAACUUCAGACAUGAGAUUUGUCAUGUCAGUAAAAUAUUCUGGAGAAGGUAAUGUGUUGAGAUCUGCUCGUGCAAGCCCUUACUUUGUGGGAGAUCGAUUGUAUCGCGAUCUUUUGGUUCGUGGGCAAGGGGUUGGGCUAACUGGAAUCCCUAUGAAUGUCAACAAUAUCUAUGCUGAGGGAACAUAUGAUAGGGAUACAGGUGAGCUGUGUAUGAUAGGAUGUCAAUCUGUUAGGCUAAAGAGCACAGUGGCGAUGCAAAACAAGACUGUGGAUUGCAGUCUUGCAAUCAAGAUCAAGUUUUCUCCAAUUGAUUCGAGAAGCGAUGACCGUUUAAAGGGAACCAUCGAAAGCACACGGGAAAAGACAGAUCCGCUUUAUGUUGGACGUAUGGAGGUUUUGUCGAGGUCAAUCUAUGUUCAUCAAGCCAAAGAAUCUGUUUGGAGAAUGGAUAUGGAGGUUGUUAUGAUUUUACUAUCCAAUACUCUUUCAUGUCUAUUUUUAGGGAUGCAACUCUACCAUAUGAAAAAACACCAAGAAGCCCUUCCAUUCAUCUCCAUUGCAAUGCUGAUACUUCUCACAUUAGGUCACAUAAUUCCUCUGCUGUUAAACUUUGAAGAACUCUUUAAAAACAGCCAUAACCAGCAAAACUUGUUCUUUGAGAACGACAGAUGGCUGGAAGCCAAGGAGAUUGUGGUGCGGAUAGUGACACUGAUAGCUUUCUUACUCGAGUGCCGUCUUCUCCAACUAGCUUGGACUGCUAGAAAAACUGAAGACCAUCAUCACCGUGAAAGUGUGUGGAAUGCAGAGAAGAAGGUUUCAUAUGUGUGUUUACCUCUCUACAUCACCGGUGGAUUGCUUGCUUGGUUAGUGAACCAUAAUAGAACUCCUAAAAGAAUAGUAUACAUAGGAAAACCGCACGCACGGAAUCUCUUGUACCGUCCGGUGAACCUGAAACGCUCAUUUCAACGUCCUCCUUUGUGGAAAGAUCUGAAAUCUUAUGGAGGUUUGAUGCUUGACGCAUUCCUCCUUCCUCAAAUACUCUUCAACGGAUUCAGCAACUCAGACUUAAAGCCUCUUGCUGCUUCGUUUUACGGUGGAAACAGCUUCGUUCGAUUGCUUCCUCAUGCUUAUGAUCUGUACAGAAGUCGCAGCUACGGGAAGAGUCUUGAUUGGUCAUUCAUUUAUGCAAACCACAAAAUGGAUUAUUACUCUACGGCAUGGGAUAUUAGUUAUCCUCUGCAUCGGUUUCCUCUUCGUGUUUCUGAUUUUCUUGCAGCAGACAUUCGGUGGUCGUUGUUUCAUCCAAAGAGAUUCCGAGUAAAUGUGGGAUAUGAGAAAGUUGUAGAGCUUCAACAAGCUGGUGAGCAACACAAUACCAAUGAUUCUUGACCAUAUAUACAGAUACAGUUUUCGUUGUCAUACAAUUCAAUAUCUUGUCUUUUCAACUUUUUUAGGCUGUAAUCUCUACAGUUUUUGUGGGAAAACAAAUUGUUACAGAGUGAAUAGAAACUUCAAUAAAAAUGGAACCAAAUU